GCUUCUAUCGUUUAUACUCGCCAAUGUUAUCUUUUACAAUUUUUUUAAAUGUAAAAAUUGUUCAUAUACACAGCGUUCAGUAACGUCAGGUUUGCAUAAAUUGCAAUUUUCUUUACGUUAAAAGCGAUGAAAAGCUAAUACAUGUAGUAAAAAAUAAAGCGAUAGAUACAAUUAUAAAAGAUUCAUAUAUAAUAUAAACAUAUACUUGAACGAGAAACACAUAUUCUCAUUAAAAAGAUUUCAACUAAUAUACUGUGUUUAAAUCAUGCCACGAGUCGAAGCGAUUCAUUGCUGUCACGUGAUCCGUGACGUCGCAUCAGCUGAUAAAUACUACGCGUGUAUGCGCUAUACGCGCAAAGCUGACACCGACUGACAUCCUUCGAUUACAUUUGCUGGCAGGCACCGUUGUGUGCGCCAAUGUGUGCCGAUUGCCAUCGAUGAAACGGAUUGUCACUGUUAUGAACGAAAUAGAUUUGAAGAAUACAAGACAUCACACAUUUUCGCUGUAUCAGACGACGGGGAGAAAUGACAAGAUUGACUGGAUAUAAUAGCCCUAACCAACCCUAACUACUAAUCGUGGAUACUCUCGAAGAAAUCAAUGGCAUAAAUGCGCUCGGCUAUUAGUGUUAUCCUGUCGAGUCCGGUGCCCGACAACAAGAUGUCCCAUCCUGAUUACGAGCAAACCGCCCACGAUCACGCCGCCCUGCUGCUACUACUGAGACCCAUCGGCACACAGAUCAAGCCGAAGACGGUCAGUAGGUUAUGCGAGAGAAUCAUCAAAGCUGGCAGUAGAUUCUCCGUGUCUGAUUCCAGUGGCGGAAUCCGGGAGAUCAUCGCUAGGUUUGUCAGGGAACAUCCCGUGGAAAACAACGACUGGGGGGACUUUCAGACUCACAGAAGAUUACUAGGUCUGAUUACAUUCGGCAAGUAUGACAAUCAAGCGGAACUGAAUGAGCUGUGUAGAGUGCACGAGACUCUCAAAGUGAAGUACAUCAAUACCUUGUAUGAUUCGCGAGCUGUUCUUCUUGGUCCCCUUGAAUCGAACAGCUGUCACGAGCCACCACCAGGUUUUACCACACCCAGCAACUUUAAAACGCGAGCAGUGUUCUAUGCGGAUGAAACAUGUUCUGAUUUGGAAACACAAACAGCUGAAUAUCUCAAUUUCCUGUUCUGGAUCUUGGAGUCAAAGAGAUUGGAGCGUUCUAGAGAAAAGAUAGACCGUGUCUCUCUUCUUCUGGCUCCAUUCGAGAAGAAAGAUUUUAUAGGAUUAGAUUUAGAAUCUAGAAAUAACAAGAAAAGAUGCGUAGGUCGCAUGACAAAACAUUUAGGAGAUUUGUGUCUUCAAGCUGGACUCCCAGCUGAUGCAUUAAGUAAUUAUAAUUCUGCAGCCAACAUUUUACAAGCGGUCAACGAUUGGUUAUGGCUAGGAGCAGCAUAUGAAGGUCUUUGUGCCGCUUCAGUCUUGGUUCUUUAUCCUAAUAUGUGUCGAAGUCUUCCAUUGCAAAGAAAUUCUUCUCUACAAGAAGGAAGUCCAAGUAAGCAGAGACGAGGGUCGCAAGCUGUCACAGUUUUGCCAUCUCCGCCUAGUAUAGAGAUGGUAAAGGCUAGCAUGCCGCAUAUUUUACUACCUGAGGAAAUAUCUAAGAAAUAUCGUGAAGCUAUAGUGCAUUAUAGCAAAUAUCAAUAUGCUGGUAUAAUUGAAACUGAAGCUAGUUUCAAAGCUACAAGAAUCUCGAUAGAACAGAACUGUACUUUACAAGCUGCAUCAUAUUUAAAUAACGUGGUUCUAAUUAAUUUACCUCUCAGCGAGCGAGAAAAAAUUGACCGAUUCACUACAUUAUCGGAUCUAUAUACAAGUUUUGGUUUUGAUAGAAAAGCCUCAUUCUGUUUGCGAUUAGCUGCCACACGUCACGUGUCACAAAAUAAUCCGAAUCCAGACUGGCAACAAUGUUAUAACUUAAUGUUACAAGCUACAUCCGGAUUUAAAUUAUCCUUAGAUCCUGUUGAUAUGCCACCAGAUGGACAAAGGGGAUGGCCAGCUAUACAAAUUCAAAUAAUAAAUGAACUUGUUGCUGCUGCAAACCGAAUGGGUAACCCGGCACUCGCUACAAGGCAUCUAACAUUUUUGCUGCAGACAAUGUACAAUCACCUAACGGUUACGGAACGAAAAGAUACUGCGCUACAGCUUCAAAACGUAUCUCAACAGUGUGAGGGUGCACCUGUUCCCCUUGUUCUGGACUCUGGCACUGUCAUACCACCAGCUAAUUUAUUAAAUAUACCGAGAACAAAAUCAUUCACUCUGAAAAAUAUGCAGCCACAUUUACAGCCUCAAAAGAUAGAGAGGAUAAAAGAGGAUCACGGUCCAUUUUUAUUUACGCCAAUUAACUUUGGAUCAUUAGAGCGCAAAAAUACUUCGAAAAGUAAAGUUGAUUAUUUAUGGGUGGAAGGAGAUAUGUGUGAGGUAUCGAUGCAGCUAAUAAAUCCUUUGCAGUUUGAAUUGCACGUGUCUAAUAUGAGACUCUUGACAAAUGGCGUGGUAUUUGAAUCGAUACCAGAAAGUAUUAGUUUGCCUGCUGAGUCCGGACCGAUUGCGGUUACAUUAGCAGGCAGGCCGAAGGAAGUUGGAGAUUUAGAGAUACUCGGAUUCAGUACGCAUACACUAGGAGUUAAAUCUAACUGUAGAUUAAGGCAUAUGGAGAGCAUGUUACAUCCUCAAUAUACGGUCGAAGUCAUUCCAGCUUUACCAAGAAUCGACGUCGCGACUAGUUUGCCGCAAACUGCCAGUUUCAGUUCGGGAGAUAAUAUAGUUACCAGCGCGAGUAUAUCACUCUAUGGUGGCGAGAGCGCUGAGUGUACUGUGACAAUAACGAAUGUUGGACAAGUUCCUAUCGAAAUGAUCGAGUUAUCAGUACAAUCCACUUUAGAUGCUGCAACCGAGAAUAAAAUUUUUAAAUGGAGCGAUGAAAAUUUAACGACACAAUUGCCUUUACAACCGGGCAGCAGUGCGAGUCUUACUUUGUAUCUAUACGCAGCGACGGACUUUAUAGCACCUUCAAUUAGAAAUGAUGUUACUAGCAGUACCUGCCUUAGUCAACCAAGCAGCUUAAUGUCACAUUCGGGUUAUAGCUCUCUGCCAUCCAGACUGAGUUCUCCAUCUCAUCAUACAAAAAGACAAUCCGAAUUGACUUCUUCUUUUAGAUCAGGAAUAAGUUCACACUCUGGGCAUUCUUCCUUAGCAAGUACACGUUUAUCGAAACUUGCAGUACCUUUGCACACGUCAAAUAUUAUCGAGGGUCAAUUAAGAAUAAAAUACUCGGGAGGCGCAGGCUUAGUAGCUGGUUAUUGCAGAACCUCGUCUGUUUUCAUAACUAUCGAGAUGCUACCCAGCGUACAAAUUACUAAUUGGGAUGUACUACCGGCGGAAACACCGUCGCAAUUUUAUCUCGUAUUAGAUGUGACAAAUAUGACAAAUCACGAAAUGGAAUUGCAUUAUACGCAAAGUAAAUGUAUAUACAUGGAAGGUAAAGAGCCAUGUAGAAUUCCCGUGCCAGUUGACCGAUGCCCGCUUAAUAAAUUGUCUAUGUUAAAUGGUGCUGGUGACACAAGUGAACUACAAAAAAUAUGCGCAGAACACAUAGCUUCAUUGGUUGAUCUACGCUGGCAAUUAUUAGGUACUGAGUCAACGGGAAAAGCAACUCUAUCUGGUAUUACUCUAACUCAGGAUAUGUUAGAUUUGGUCAGAAUGAGUCCUCUACAGUGGGAAAUAACCAUCAACGAUGCUACUGUAAAAGCGCAAGACGAAUUAACAUGUGGUUUAGGUGAAUGCAUCAGUGUCGGUGUCGGAGUAUGCAAUGCAUUGGAACAUCCGCUGAAUGAUCUUACAUUGUCUAUCAACUUUUAUCAAGACCAUCAUAAUGGAGUCAAUAAUUAUCAAUUAGAGACCAGAUUGUCUAUAGCUGGGGCAAAUAAAGUCAUGUUGCCUGCCUUACAGGAAUACGGCAGAGCUUAUCACGAGUGUCGGGUGGUAUUUUUCACAGCUGGUCAGUACAAAAUAGAUAUUCAAUGCAGUAGUAAAGAAUCUGCUCCAAAUUCUCCAAUACUUUACUCAGAACUUAUAAAUGCCGGGCAUACAUGGCGUUACAUACCACCCAUCGAAAUAACCGUCGACGAUUAUUAAUACAAAUCACUGUCCACUUAAUUCUUAGCAAAUUGUAAUAUUUGUAAAAAAAAAUCAGAAAUGUUGUUAAAUGUAUCAAUUGUACUAAUUAUAUACAUCACAAUAAAAAGCUUCUACUUUCUUUAAUGAAAUUAA